AUGACACCUACCGUAUGCUUCCAGUCACUGCCAACAGAGCUUCGUCUGGAGAUCUAUGACUUCCUCUUCACCGACAAAGAUGAACAACACUAUCCACACCCACUGCUGGAGGUGACCACACAAGUCAAGAACGAAUGUGUUCCUGUCCUCUUUCCAAAGCUACAGAUGUAUAUCGAUGGCCACGAAGACAAAAACGACGCUUGGUGGUUCAUUACAUUCAGAGCCCAGGGAACAGAGCCUCCACGACAAUGGAGAGAAGACAAAUCACAUUGGUAUUAUUGGGAAGGAAUCCGCGAUAAGCCUGAGAUAGCGACACUUCUCCCGUAUCUCGGGAGCCUGCACUUCGGUGAAGAUUCUUGUUGGACUGCUCCAGACGUAUCGACUACUGUACAUUUCAACCGGCACAAAUCAUCCGGCCCUCCAAACGAAGUUUCAUGUUCCAGCUACUGCGGUAACAAACUCACAAAAGACGAAAAAGCACACAGUACAGACUUCCGCACCUUGAUCGAUGGCUCUGCCUUCUGCAACAUAAAUAUUCUCGGCAAAUUGAUGUACUACAUACGCGGUGAAACACUUGAAUACGGGCAUUUUCGCAGGAGUCAUAAAGGCACGGAAGAAGAAGUGGAAAAGCAACUUUGGCCUGAUGGCAGAGUGCAAGUUGAGUUGACUUGCAGGUUGGCGAAUGGAGAAGAGGUGGACUUGAUUCCACCAGCUAAGGGCGAGAAUGUGGUGAAAUGGCUGGAGCCAUAUCCUGAAUGGCUGCAAAAAGUGCAAAACGAAGAAUUGGGUCAAGCGCUGGAUUCGAACCGUUGA